AUGAUACAGCAAAUACGGAAUGCCGGUCAGUCGCCCAAGAAAGGUAAUCCACAUAAUAUCAGUAUCUCCGCGCGCGACGGAAGGGAUGAGGAUUUGGGCUGCUCCGUACAGGAUUUGAAGAGUGCCUUGGAGCCCUACGAUUGUGGUGCUGAGGUAUGGCAUCUUAGGCGUUGA